AACGCGCGACCACCGACUCUACCGAACCAGCUGGCAAUAAUAGCCGGGAUAUCGGUAUCAGCAGAAUAAUUGGCAUUUGUAUUGACUGCUUAUUGUCAAACUUGUCAAUAAUAAAAAAACAACAAAUAAUGGAAAUCUAAACAAUGCAAAUAAGUGCUUGAGCAAUCACCGCGGCUGAUCAAUAAAUACCAAUUUUUAUGGCAUUGUAUUUGCAUUAAUUAUUGGCGAAAAUAAUAAAAAUCGUGCUACAGUAAUUUUUACCGUUCUUUUUUACCGUUGCUAUUGUAGCGGGUGUGUUGUGUGUGUGCGUGUGACUCAGUCAUUCUUGUAGUGUAACAACAAUAAAAACACGCGAAAUACUUGAAUUUGAUUGAAUCAAGCGCCAGCGCCUAAAAGCAGGCAAUUACGGUUGAAAUUAAAACGAGCGCGCGCAACGCCAGCCACUUUGUCGACAGCGCACGGCCUUUGAAAACUCGCCUUGAUGGCUUUGUCAGUUAGUACGCGUCAAGCAGUUUCGCAAAUGCCUUCCAGCGCGUGGGCAAGGCAGUCACAGCAGCAGCCGCCGCAGCAACGUUCGUCUGCUGCAAUGCAUUUGCGUUUGCAGAAGCAGCAUUCCUUCAGCGAAGCUAAUCGCACGCAACAUUUCAACGCCGGCGCUGCUGGUCAUUUGUUGGCUGCGCGCAGACCCGCCAGUGGUUACUUGACACGCGGUCUCUCCGUCGAUCGUUCGCUGGAGAGUUUACGUCAAAAGUCAGCCGCGGCGCAUGAGGUGCAAAGCAAGCGUGUGAUUGCUCGUAAAUCUGCUAAAAGUGGCAGUGAGCGAUUGAAGGGCGUUAAAAAUUCAACAAUCGCUGAGGGGAAGUAUGGUUUUGCGCGUGCAGGUUCCACGUCGUCACUUUUGAAAUCGUUAGAUCACGAAUUGAAACAAGUUAACGGUCAGCUGGGACAACGUUUCCAUUGCAAUAGUGCUUGUGUUGAGGGAAAUAUUGAGGAUCCAACGGUGCCGGAAAGUCUCGGCAGCGAGUCAAAUCUGCAGCAACCAUCGUCCGAGCAUCAGUGUACAGUCGAAAAUUCCACAUCAACACUCAAAAGGCAUAACAGUAAAGUGAAUUUGAAUAUUGUGCUUUCACAUGCCAUUAAUUACAAGUCCACUAACGGUAACGAGUCCAAUAACAGCGAUAUCGAAAGCUCCACUGAAGUAGUUGAGCAGAAACGCAAAACAACAAUACAAACGCGUGCGCUGCGCACCGAUUUGCCUACACGCACUAUAGCGCCAGCAGCGAGCACUGCCGCCAACGUCACUACAACAAUUACUGCCAAUGAGUGUGUCCAGCAACGUCGUGCACAAUUCCGAUCGAGUCGCAAUGUCACAUUAAAUACCAGCACUAAUUUGGCAGCAAGUGUGUCGCCGGCAGCAGCAAAUAACAUCACUGCGGCUAAUAAGCAGCAAGAGGACGCAGUCGCCGUCGCACCCUUGACAGCCAACAAUAGUGGUGGUGGCGCUGCAUUCAACGCCGCACCAGCGCUAAUCGUACAACGUCACCCACCGUUGGUACGUGCUAUGUCCGCGCCGGUGCGUUCACGUUCGCUCGACGAAAAUAAUAAAGGUGUGUUUGCAUUCCAAAAGCGUAAAUUGCGUCGCCGCAAGCCGAUUACGCGUAACGCGAGCAUUUGUGAGAAAGUCGAUGAUGAUAUACUCUUCGAUUUGAAUGCUAUUAAUGGCAAAAAGCCACCAAUAUCACGCACACGUUCCACACUUGCGAUUGAUGUAGUUACACUUGUUUCACUCGUCAGCUCUGAGGGUAGUGAUUCGGAAAAGGAGGAUACACCGCCGGAAACCGGGCAUCGCAAUGCAGAACGUUCGCGUAGCACUGGUGCACCAUCAUUGCGAAAGGCGGGUAAAUCAGUUUCCUUCCAAGAGAACUAUCCCCCCAACUUUCAACUUGCCACAAAGGAAUACUCACAUAUGAUACGUCGUGGCUCGAUAGCACCAUUAGCUGCACGCUUACGCGCCAAUCGACCACCAACAGCACCGCCAGUAUCAAUUUUCAUGAACGAAACAAACGGUAACAAUUCAAUGACAACGAAUACCGCAGACAACUUGGAAAGCAGCGAUGGUGGUGACUCAAAUGCCAACAAUGUUUCGAAUAGCACGCAAAACACCACGAAAGACGCAACUGAGCUGGCAUGUAAUGAGAAACAAAACGAGGAAUAUAUCUACCCGGAGUAUGUGCGUACGUUGAAGGAGCGCGAGUGUUGGAAACUAUUUCGUAAAAUGUCGGUUAAAGGUGUUAGCGUCACUUAUGAGACGGUGUUGCGUGGCAUGUUGACACCGACUGAGUUCCGACAAAUACAAAAACAACGUGAAAUUGAGGAGGCAAAAGCACGCGCUUUGGAGGAGGAGAAGGAUGCAGCUCUUGAACAGCAGACACCCACUUCAGCAGUAGAUCGUUUAACACAGAAAUUAUUGAAAAACUAGUUAACCUGCCGGGAGCAAUAAUCGUUACUGAAUACAACAACUAUAAAGUAGUUUAUAAAAAAUCAUAUAUGUAUGUAGUGAAUUGUUGCACAGUGUAGGUUAAAGCUUUGUUAUAGUGAGCAUUUUUUAAUAAAAUUCACACAAGUGCGCUUACU